CCGUCAGAUCGCAUUCCAACUCCUCCAUUCCUCAUCCACAUUCCCUUUCAAUUUCAGAUUCCCGAUUUCCGUUUCCCACGUUUCACGUGGUUUUUACGGGGAGCCUUCAGUCGCUACAAUGGGCAGAUCGGAGCCUCCAUUCAUUUACGACCGCCCGACCACCUACAGCUUCUAUGGCCCGACCGAUCCGAGCUUCAACCCCAAGGCCGUGACGCAAGCGAGCCGAGCUCCACCACCACCAAGGCCUACACAAAAGGGCCCGUUAGUGAACAUCAACCGCCAUCCAGACUCUUGGGGCAGCCUUGACUCAAAGUCAACAUGGACACCAAUGAGUCCCCAUACCAAAAACAGGGUCAAUUAUGCGCGACGCACGCAGUUAGCUUUGCGAGUUCUCACCCUCUUGGGAGCACUUGGAUCUCUAUUCUGCUCAAUUGUGAUCAACAACGUUGCAACAACCGUGAUUUGGAUCAUUCGGGCUGGCCCCAUAGUUGCAAUCCUUCAUACUCUCUAUGCCAUCUACCAUCUUUGUCGCUCCCCAGUGAACCGGCCCCCCGCAUCUCAAGCUAGCUAUGGCCUGUUCGCCUCCACUCUGGAUGCGGGGCUCAUUCCAUUCUACGUGUUCACCGCUUUUAUGGCUCAUGGAGAGUACACCAUCGAUGCCUACCAUUGGGGAACGCUAUUUGCCAAUGAUACGGUGACUGUUCGGGUUGCCGAAGCUACUUUCAUCUGUGCUCUCGCCAAUGGCAGCCUGCACCUCGUUUCGCUUGCAUUGUCGAUCUUCUUGGCCGUUAUGUUCCGCAAGAUCUCUCAUCUACCUCCAGAUAUGAACCCACUGGAAGACAACUUGACUGCUCGUCCUCGCAAGAAUCUUAAGGAGAUUGAUAUGGAUGAGAAGCACCUCAGCUUGUCCACUUUACAUUCCAGCCUGGAAGAUCCGCUCAUUGGGCCUCCUCGCUCUAUGCCAUUCAUGCAUACUCGUGGUCAAUCUAUGGCCGGUGAUUCUAACCGCGGAUCAGUGGAUAUGAUGAAUGUGAAGCGUCAAUCUGUGGCAUCCAUACAGCCCAACCGGUUUUAUCAAAUGGAGCCAUCAAGUCCCGAGAUGUUGUUCCAGCAUCCUGCUAGCCAGCCAUAUGAUAUGACAUCAGAUGCUCCUGCCCCAGAAUACCGCAAUGUUGCUGCUCACUCACCCGAAGUCGUGGACCCCGCCACUCACACCCGUCAUCUGGCCUCUCGCACUGCGGAUAGAGCUGACUCGGUUAGCCCAUUGUCUGGUAAUUGGGUCGCAUAUCCCGACCGAUCUACAUCCCCGGUGAGCGAAGCUAAUAAUGAGCACGAAGCCGAUAUUCGUCAAUCUUCUUCCGUUUACAGUCGCCGCACCAUCUCUACGACUACCUCACAAGGCGGCAAUGGUUUCCGAGACUGGUUCGCCUAUGGACAGAAGCCUGCGAGUAUUGGAAGCGUUAUCCCUGAAGAAACCCGUGGAGAAUAUGCAUCCUUAGCGAUGCACGAGCACUAUGGACUUGAAGAGGAAAAGCAUGAGCAGGACCUCGGCGAUCGCCGCUUCAACAUUUUCCCUGACCCCGAAGAGCAUGAUCAUGACCAUGAUGAGCGUUCUCACGGGCUUCCCUUCAACCCUCUUAUGCUGAACCCUCCGACCCCUCAGCCAAUUCUCACGGAGAAACCUGAAGAUACCGAUCCCGUCCGACGCCAUGUGUUGGUUGACAACAUGAAUAUCUCCAACCAGCAGGCUCAGGAAGAACCACCCCUCUCACCGUCCACCAAGACUCGCUACUAUGGUAAUCUAGAGGAAGAGGGCAAGCCUGGUCUGGACAUGUCACGGCACGCCAGUGGUCAAGACGACUUGACUCGCAAGCCAACAAAGCUCUCCAAGAAGCGGAAUAAGAAAUUGUCCGCCUACCAGUCCCUCAAAAAGGAUGACAGCGAUGAUGAGGGUCACGUCAACUCCCCGGGUGCGACUGAAAGAGAUCGCAAGGGCCGAGUUGUCAGUAACUCUGGCGCAGACACUUCUCGACCGGGUCUUGUUAGUGGUGUCGGUGCCUCCCUGUCCUCCUAUGGAAGUUAUAUUGCCGGAUUGGGCGUUGGACGUCGCCGCGACGUGAGUGGUAAAGUGGCCGAAGAAGGCCGCAGCUUGAACGUUGUCGAAGAGACCGAGUCUCCAAGCCCGCAGCCCGCCCCCGCACGGGCUGCCGGAUGGGCACGAUUUGCGGGACUGUGAUUUAUCUAUCACUCAUGCGGUAAAAGAUACCUAAACUGUUUCUUUUUUCUGUUGGGAUACGGAGUUUUACCACCUGUUUUUACGCACAGCAUGUGACGAUUCAUGUCAUUUGAUUUUCCUUUUCGAGUUCAGCGGGCCCAUUUAACAUAUUGAUGGAACAUCUCUGGUGGUGAUUUAUUUCUUGGUGUACGGAUAUUUCAGCAAGCAUAUUUGACAAUGACAAUUACAUUCAAAAAAGGACAGAGCCGGACAAGAAAGGAUAUCAUACAUGUUUAUAACAACACGCCAUAAGUCCGAAACCAGUACAUUAUGAAGGGACACCUUCAUAUUCCCACCCCUUAAUCAUACGCGUUCUCCGACGAGAGUUACGCCUGUUGGCAUUGCACUUGACAAACAGUGUCAACGCAGUAAUAAUACAGAUGACUAUACCCGCUAUGGCAGCCACAAGCACAGUUUUGCGCUCCAGCUGCUGAGGGUCAGCACCGUAGGGACAUUGAGCCUCGGGACCGCCCGAGACCCAACAAGAUGUGACAUCAAUGGAAUUGAAGUCAAUAUAAAUCUCGCGUAGGGUAGCAUCAUUUGAUGCAGGGUUAAUUAUUGUCUCGGGCUGGGUCAGAAGGUACUUGUAGAGGUACGUAUUCUCCAAACCAGUUCGAGGGAUGGCAAAACUGGAGCCUGGAGGACAUGUGUCUGAAACAUUUGAAUACUCAGCAGUGGCAUUGGAAAUGGUCCACGAGAAAGGUGAGUGGCCGAUGCGACAGGCGCCCCUCCUGGUUUGGGAACAGUUGGUGGCACGCCAGUGACCCUCUGAGGAGAGGUCCAUGAUAGCACAGCGGUCAAAACUGGGAGUAUCUCCAGUGCCACCGCCAGUAUCUGCUCCCUCUGGUUCACCCAUUGCCCAAGCCCAUGCCGUUGACAGGGAGACAUUUCGAUAAUGAUCGACGUUGGCGUCGGCAGUUUGAUCUAAAAGGGUGGUGUUGAGCAUUGGGGACAUCCCACAUGCUGUCAUAUCUGAGAUCACAUUGGUUAAUGAUCCCAUAGUGUCCUCUGUAGAUAACCCAUCCGGAACCGGGAUUUCAUUGGAGAUAGCCCAAGACGAGUUGGCCUGAGAGACUGCUGUGGCAUCCUUCUUGUACAAACAACCCGACGUUAGGGUUCCGUUCGUAGUAGCAGUGACGUUCACAUCGGUAGUGAGAUAGCCAGGUGGGAAGAUGGCAUUUUCAUCUUGUGCAAAGUCGAACUCAGCAAGUUGCAGAUCCACUGAUCCAUACUCGAUGAUCAUUCGAUCGGCUUUCGCAAGUUGAACGUACUUUGCAGACGGCCACCCAUCGGGAGUACUUUGGACGCCUGCUUUGUCUGUGUGGAUUGUAUAAUAUUCCACGAUGGGCAUGUAGCUUUCAUCGACUUGAUACCACGACUCAUUCAAAUUGCUUCGGUCCUUGGCAAGUUGUCUAGGGGUGUAGAGAUAUUGCCGCAGAGCAUCUUUGAGGAACGACCCAACUCGUUCAGACUCUGACGAGGGCAGAUCACUGCCCGUGACCACUUUAGCAGGCUUGGACGGUUCAACAUCGCUACCCGCGGCAUGAAGAUUGAGAACGAGAUAAGUUGUAUAGACGAGAAGUUGGGAGGUGGUGGCUUCAAAGUAUCCGACAAGUACUUCUGAAAGGGUAUAUAGAUCAAGAUCAUUGGUGCAUCUGUACGGUCCUAGCUCAUAGACCGUAUCCCCAUAGGAAUCAGUGUACCCAGUGAUGGUUGCAGUAGCUGCGUCCGAAGUCGUCGUAGCAGUUUCAGUUGUGAUAGUUGAAGUAGUCGAGGCUUUGGUGGCGGUAGAAGUAUAAGUUGAUACCAUCACAUCGACCCUGGCAGGAAUCUCUACCGGACAAAAGGUCCAUGUUCGACGUUCUACCGACCAAUAGAGGUCUACAACUAGCCGCCUAUACCCCACUGCAAGGAGGUUGGAGAUGCACUUGGCGGCAUCCUUCCGAGCGUAGAGGCCAUUUCCAAAACAGGCCGAUGAGAGCGAUACGGCAGGGUUGGUCACGAAAUUGACCGGAACCUGGCCGGCUACAUCG